GCAGACCGCAGAUAGUGUUUUGCGUUAACUUUGGGGGAACGCAUUGACGAACGGAAGAUCUCGUCGACAUCUUCCACCAAUCAGCAUAGCUUGUCCAAAUAUCUACAUCCUAUUGCUGAAACGUAACGACUCAUGAAAUAGUCAAUUCGAAGGGAGAAUAGAUGUACAUUGGGGGUAACUGUGCAGUCCGAAACUUGUAGAUCACCACGAUCACGGUUUGGGUGGAUGUGAAGUUAUAUUUAAAACCCAGUACCUCCUGAACAUCCCAGCGAUGUCUCUUCCCACCGCAUCCCCAAGAAUCAUUGAACUCUGUCAACCUUUCUCUUCAGAAUGAGACUCCUUAAUAUUUUGUUUCUCUCUGGCCUCGCCACGGCAGCGCCUGGUGCCAACCUCCAAGCCAGAGUUGCGGCAAACGAUCCGUGUAACAUCGGCUACUGUACUCAGAAUGGAGGUACCACUGGAGGCGGAAGUGCUGCUCAAGUCACUGUGAAGACCCUCGCUGAGCUAACCGCUGCUGCCGCAGCUGAUGGUCCUUCCGUCAUCUUGGUGCAGGGCAGUAUCUCUGGCGCAGCCAAGGUUCAAGUUACCUCGAACAAGUCCAUCAUUGGCAAGACCGGCAGCUCCCUCACCGGCAUUGGUUUGACCAUCAACGGACAGAAGAACGUCAUUGUCCGCAACAUGAAGAUCUCCAAGGUUGAAGCUGACUACGGUGACGCGAUCACUAUCCAGAAAUCGACCAAUGUCUGGGUUGAUCAUUGUGAUCUAUCUGCUGUUAGAGGUGACGAUAAAGACUUCUAUGAUGGCUUGGUCGAUCUGUCGCAUGCUGCUGACUGGGUUACCAUCUCGUAUACCUACUUCCAUGACCACUCCAAGGGAUCACUCGUAGGACACUCCGACAAGAACGCAGCUGAGGACGUUGGUACCCUGCGCGUUACAUACGCCAACAACCACUUCAACAACGUCAGAAGCCGAGGCCCUCUGCUUCGCUUUGGCACGGCACAUAUCUUCAAUCAGUACUACGAUACCAUGGACACUGGUCUCAACAGCCGCAUGGGUGCCCAGGCUCUUAUCCAAUCAUCUGUGUUCACCAACGUUGGAAAGAAGGCUAUCUUCAGCGAGUCAAGCUCCGAGGUCGGAUAUGUUGUCGCAGAAGACGUAGUUCUCGGCGGUGAGAGUCAAAAUACUGCUCCGAAGGGGACGUUGAGCUCAAGCAAGAUUCCGUAUCAGUUCACGCUUCUGGGAUCCGGAAAGGUUGCUUCAACAGUUCCGGGACAGGCAGGUCAGAAGCUCAGUUUCUAAACGAGGUUCAUGGACGAGAGAAACAGCUUUGGAGGUCAUGUUAGGUCUACUUCCAUGUUACUUGUACAGUAAUUGUCAGAUCUGUUCAAAGGCCUUGUUCGAUAUCACUACAUUAUGCCCCAUUCACUUCUGACAAGCUGUGAAGUCCUUGAGUCCUGCGUCGGGAACCUUGUUCUUGGGCAGACAGAACUCGAUAUCCUCGCCCUUGAGGUUAUUACCAAACACCCGAACAUGCUCAUGCUGUAAACAUCUUGUUAGCAC